GUCCAGACGCAGCCAUCACGGGUAUGGUCCGCGUCUCAACAUGAUCUGGGAGAGAAGGCUGGAGGACUCGGAGAGAGAGCGCCUGGAACGAGCGAAAGAGCUGGAAGUUGCCAGGGAAGCCUUCAGGAAGGAGAUGGAGAAGUCCUUAAAAUCUACCCCGAGCGCCGUGAGCAGGCUCUACCAGACCCCGCGAGGCAGGACCUUCGGCCUAGCCCCCAGCAGGCCGCAGCGACGACGCCCAUCGAUGCCAGACAAGACUCUGGCCCUUGGCUGCUCCCUCGACAAUUUUUCAGUGGGCACCUCCCGCCUCUCCAACUUCAGCUCCGCCUUCAGAAGGGACGCUCAGCCCCCGCCCUACUCCGCCCUGCAGAGGGCUGGUAAGAUCGCCGUCCAGGAGUAUGCCAAGUCUGGUGCUAAGGUGUCGACGAAAGUGGUGACGAAGGUGAAGCCCUUCACCUUUGAAGCCUCAGGCAGGAAGCGGCACAGCUGCACCGUCCACCACCACUUCCACCACUAGCCCUGUCUGCCUCCACACCUGUCCCAAGGCACCGGCAGGAGAUGGAGGCACUUGGGUUGCAAGAUGGAGGCACUUGUGUUCCAAGAUAGAGGCACUUGUGUUGCAAGAUGGAGGCACUUGUGUUCCAAGAUGGAGUCACUUGUGUUGUAACAUGGAGAUGGAGGCACUUGUGUUGCAAGAGAGCAAUGAGAGACAUGCAACAUAUUUCACGACUGAUGUGCUACAGUGGAUACCAUUCCACUAACGACUCCGUUCUAUGUUGAGAAAUGUUCAAAGAAACCUGUAGAUUAGAACUCAUUUAUUUAUACAUGUCACUGGUUCGCAUUUCCAGCAAUUCUUGUAAUAAAAUGUU